AUGCGCGCGGCGAGGCGCGAGGAGGAGUGCGGCUGGGCGCGUUGUGCGGCCAUGGGUGCGGCGUGCUGGCCACCGGCUCAGAUCUGGCAUGCGGCGGCCGGUGGUCUUCGCUCGGCGGCCCAGCGGGCAGGUAUGGAUGCCACGGAUCCGGCCUUGGCAGCACAAGAUGGGCAGUUUCUCUGCCCCGUGUUGCUGCUAUGGAGUCCAUGGGGCCAGAAGGAGAUGGUUGCUGGCCGGAGGUCCGUGGCUGGCGGUCCGGGAGGGGCACUGGCGGCUGCUGGUGGUGCUCGGUUGUCGCCUGUUGGAGCAGGGUGGCUCCGGCCGCGGAUGGAUGCGGGGUGCAGGACCCGAUAUGGUCUCUGCAGGCCCGUCGAUGAGGAGGUUUGCGGGUGGCCCGACACAGCAGUGGCGUGCUCGUUGUGUAGGGGGUGCGCGGUCCAAUGGAGGUACGGGCCGACCUCGGCCUGCUGCGCGGGAGUGGCUGCACCGGGUGAAAGCCUGGCCGGUGCUGACCGGCCGGCGGCGACGGCGCCUAUGGGCGUCGCUAUCCUCCUUGGAGGCGUCGUCGGGAAUCUUCACAGCCUUCACUCCCGGAUCAAGUCCUUCGGGUGA